AAUACUAAUAGCAUACACGUUUUCUGGGCCAGUUACUAUAAAAAAUAAUUUCUUGAGCUCGAUAUCCGAUUGACGGAACUCCAUAAAACUGGAAUAUACAGGAGACAUAUCCACUGCUUUUGAUCAAAAAUGCCAGAGAGAAAAGAAAAUAGCUCGUUUGUUGCUAGUUAAUUUUCUUGUGCGAAGAAACUAUGGCCAAGGCUGCCGUUUCGAUCUUGCUCGGAGAUCUCACUAAGUUUAUCGCUGAGGAAAAUCAAUUGUUGAAGUUGAAGGGAGUCAAGGAUCAAUUUGAGCAGGCGCAAAGGGUGCUACGGCAGAUACAGGCCGUCCUGAAGGAUGCGGGUUCAAAACAGGAAGAGGAUAAAGAAAUCGGCGGGUGGAUGUCAGAUGUUAGAGAUGCUGUUUAUAAUUUGGAGGAAGUCGUUCAAGAAUUUUUCUUUGAAGCGGCUUCCAAGAACAGAGAAAAUAGUAUGAAGAUUGUUCUGAAAAAGUUGGCUCGCUUCCCGAAGGACGGUAACAAAAUUGGCUCACGAAUUGAGAGCAUCACGGCUGUACUUACAGAAUUGAUCAGCAGAACACCAUCAACUGACGGGGGAGGUGCCACUUCCGCUGAGAGGGAACGAGAUCCAAGACAAACUACUCCAUCUGUUCGUGAAGGUGAUGUUGUUGGUGUACAGGGAGAUAUAAAGAUGUUAGUCGAGCGUCUGGUUAACGAAGAAAACUGUCACCAAGUAGUUUCUAUUUGGGGAAUGGGCGGGUUGGGGAAAACCACGCUUGCAAAGAUGGUUUAUAAUGAUCCUGGUGUUAGGAACCAUUUUAGUUAUUUCGCUUGGGUGUGCAUUUCUCAAAAAUAUCAAGAAAGAGAUGUUUUGGGAGAAAUUCUGGAUCAACUUAACAGUGGGGAUGUUCAGCAAAGAAGGGAUUUUACAAAUACGACCACUCAUGAAUUAGCAGAUCAGCUUCACACUGCCCUCCAAGCCAAAACAUGUUUGGUGGUGCUUGAUGACAUUUGGAACCAUGAAGUAUGGCAAUCUUUACGAGAUGUAGUUCCACCUGUUACGGAAACAAAGAGCCGAAUAUUAGUCACUACUCGCAAUACGCAAGUAGUUUCCCUUCCAAACGUGAAUACUUCACUCUAUGAAGCUCGGCUACUGAGUGAUACUGAAAGCUGGGAACUGUUCGAGAAGAGAGCAAACUUUGGCGGAGAAAAUACAGGAUCCAAUUAUGAAAUUAAGAGAACACUAGGGGAGACGAUGCUUAAACGUUGUGCAGGUUUGCCAGCAGCUAUCAUUUUGCUAGCAGGACUUCUAGCUCAAAAAAACACAGCUAGUGACUGGAAUGCCGUGCAUGAUGGUGUUGUUAAAUAUUUAUGGAGAGACACAGCAUUUAAUAGUCCAGUAUCGGUGUUUGAAAGGAGUUACAGAGAUCUACCAUUUCGCUUACAGCCAUGCUUUCUAUAUUUAGCACAAUUUCCAGAAGAUUAUGAGAUAUCAACGAAAAGGUUGACUCAAUUGUGGAUGGCAGAAGGUCUUAUAUCUUCAGAAGGUCUUGUACCUUCAGAAUCAGAAGAAACAAUGGAAGAUGUGUCAUAUCGUUUGUUAGAUGAAAUGGUGGAAAGGUCUAUGGUUCAAGUUGGAGGACAUGGUUCAACAAGGAUGAUAAAAACCUGCCGUCUGCAUCGUCUCAUGCGGGACAUGUGCUUGAUGAAGGCUAAAGAAGAGAAUUUUCUCCAAGUUCAGGAUCUUUCUGCAGCCACCUUUGUCCAGGCAGCACCAAUUAAUAAAGUUCGAAGGCUUUCCGUCUACUUGAAAGGAGAAGUUGAUGAGUUGGCUCCCACUAGAACUGAAAGCAAUGGUCACCUCAAGUCUCUGUUAUACUUUGUCCAAGAAAACUUUUACUCAGAGCGCAGUAAAAAUUUACUAGUGUCACUGUUGAAGGACUUCAAAAUGCUUAGUGUGUUGAAGUUCGAAGAUAUGAAGGCAGAGCCAGAAGUAGAGCUACCGAGUGUUGUGGGGAAUCUAGUGUUGCUGAGGUUCUUAAGUCUAAAGAAUAGUGAGAUAAAAAGGAUUCCAUCAUCUGUAGCUAAUUUGGUGUUUUUGCAAACUCUUGAUAUACGUUGUGCUGAAUGGGUUAGCGUUGAAGUCCCAGAUGUAUUUGGGGAGAUGAGCCAAUUGAGACAUUUGUAUUUACCCUUGAAUCACAGGGCAACUGCAAAACUGUCACUGGCUAAUCUUAGCAAUUUGCAGACACUAGUCAACUUAUCAAGUGAAGAUUGCAAUUUGAAUGAUAUUUUAAAAUUGACCAGUCUAAGAAAACUAGUCAUAAAUGCACCACGGUCUACAGACUUGACAAAUCUGGGUGAGUUUAUGAGAUCUAAAGACAUCAGCUUCGACCGCCAUCUCCACUCUCUAUCUCUGAUGGCGGGCAAUGGUACUGGGGACAUAACAAUGGAGGUAGUAUCAAGGUGUCCUCAACUACGCAAGCUGCGUCUGAAUGGCCGAAUCAAAGAGUUGCAGGAUAAAUUCUUGUGUUCAUACCUCACCAAGGUAACGCUAGAGCAAACUCAUCUUGAGGGCUACGACAUCGAAAGACUAGAGAAGCUGGAAAACUUAAAAUUGCUUACCCUUAGAAUGGAUGCUAUCAAGUCAGGAACGAUGGUUUUCUCCCAAAGAGGCUUUCCCAGUCUUCAAUUUCUUUCCCUCAUUGGGUUAUCUGAACUGAAGGAGUGGAAGGUGGAGAAAGGAGCUAUGCCGAGUCUGAGCAAAUUGCACAUUGAAUAUUGCUGGGGAUUGAAGGUACUUCCAGAGGGGCUUCAAUAUAUUUCUUCCCUCAAGGAAUUAACCAUCAAAAGGAUGUACCAUGAAUUCUGUAGUAGGCUUGGUGAAGAAGGAGAGGAUUUCUACAAAAUCAAGCAUGUGCCUUCUGUUACAAACUUACAAUAGCAAGCAUCGGACAGAUCUGAGGCAGAAACAAAGAGUGCCUGAAGUAGUGGGUGCUGGUGACUUGGGGAAGCUUCAUAACAAAAGAUGUGACUGUUCCAGACUUCCAGGCCAACCUUAUUGCAAUCUUCUGAAGGGUGUCCAUAUAAACUCAUUUUCUGGGAGUUCGUUUGUUCAAUAGUUUUACUUUGCAAGUUACUUGUGUGCAUCUUAUUUUGUUGUACUGAGGUGACGAGCUUGAUCCUUAUGGCUGCUAGCUGUGGUUUGGCCCUCAAUAUAUAUGGGUGUCUUUCCACUGUUGAAUGGAACUAUGCACUAUUUUUUUUUUUUUCCUUUUCUAUUCUGUUUGGGUCACAAAAAUUUGGUCCUGUUUCUGUUCGAACUUCUAUAAUUUAUUUCUCGGUUUUCCAUUUCUA